GCUACUUCAAAUCCGAAGGACGCUCGUCGACCUUGAGAUCGUUAGGUGUUAAAUAUUUUCUAUCUCCUGGCUGCUUCUCGUUUACUUCCAAAUACCUCAUCAUUGUUGAUUGUACAUAGUACUCAAUAAUUCGGGAUUUUUAUUUCCGCUCGCAUAUUUGUUUUCCGGAUUACUUCCUCGUUUUCGUAUACACUAGUUCAGGAACACUGUAAUUUUUCAACUCCAAAUUAAAACUCGAAUUUUCGCUCUUCUGAAGAAAGACAACGCAUAGACUAGACAUAAACCUGUUGACGUCUGAAAUAUAUUUGUUAUGAUAUGCGACGAGGCUUUCAUAUCUUCGUCUUUAGAUAACAUGUCAAGCGAAAACAUCAGUUCCUGGCAUACUGACAUACAACCAGCAGUCCAGCAUCACAUCGACCUUAAGUCAAAAUUGUGGUCAAAAGAAAUUCAGUUGGAUGUUUGUGAUAGAUUUAGUCUUUCAACACUACUUGAUUUUAUGAAUAUGAUUCGGAAUUUGUCGUCUACUCACAUAAAAAAUAAUCCUACAUCUGAAUCACCAGUGGAUCACACUUACUUGAGUCUCCCUUCCAGUGUUUGUUUGGACAAAACCUCACUGACAUUGCAUUAUCCUCUCAGUGAUUAUGGCUCUGUACACGAUAUUCUUUGUAAGAAAGAGGGCGGUUUGAACGAAAAACUGGUAUGCGCCAUUAUGGGCCGAGUAGUAUUGUGCCUUGACCAAUUGCAUAAUAGUGGUUUACUUCAUCGAGGUUUAUGCUCGAAACAUGUACUUUUCAAAAAAACGUUAGAUCCUAACUCAAAGUCUCAUAAAUUAAGUGUGGUUCUCUGCGGCUUGGGAAGUAUGGCACAGCUACCACCAUCCUGGAGUACUGUGGCGCGAAACGAUCUGCCCUUCCUUUAUGUUGCAUGGCGUGGUUGGAGGUUGCAUGAGUCGUCAGGAGGUGAAUCAUAUAGCCAUCCAGUAGCAUGGUACAGCCCGGAGUUAUUGGCACAGGAUUUUACUGGAUAUUCGUGGUCUUCAGAUAUAUACAGUUUAGGUCUUAUUUUGUACGAAAUGUUCACUGGUCAACCGCCAUAUAUAGGAUGUCCUCCUUCUCUUAUAUUCCUGAAGAAAAUGCUCCAGCUAGAUUUCCCUCAACUUCACUAUAACGAAAUGAACUUUAAUCCAUCAGCAUCCAUUUGAUACAGUUAGUCACAGUGCGACAUGCAAAUUAUCAGUAAGGUUGAUAAAAUAGUAAUUACAGACACUAUUUAUUGUAGUUUUCACUAUAUACUGCUUGUCGACCAGUGAUGAAACUUAUUGAACGAGUCAUUAUCUGCCCUCCGAUUCCUUACAAAAAAUAUUUUGUUAAAAUAUAAUGGUAAUCAGACUUAACUUCAUCCAUAUUCUGAAGGCUUUCCGCACACAGCACACUAAACUUCCUUAAUCUUUUGCUGUGUCUUUGCAACAAACUAUUCACUAUGUGCUAUUCAUAACUGUCCAACAACUAGCGGUAAUCAGUUAAAGUUUCCCCAGCUCUUGAGUUCAUCGUACACCUCAACUAAAAAUGCCUCGCUAUCUACUGUUAAAUCUUAAGUUAAACAAUGAAUGAUAGUGGAUUGUAAUACAAUCAAGCGUGCCUUAAUAAUAUUCCAAUUAUCAGUCCACAUUUGAAUAAAAGGGUCCUAACCGAUUUUCUUACAUCAGGUAGAUUAUUUUUCUCAUGGACAUGCUUAGUACCAUCAAUUUCGCAUAGCUUGACAAACCAAUGUUCACGUCUCAUUCGAUAUACGAGUAAACGGGGAGUAAUUAAAGAGUGGCCGUUCAUUGAAAUUAGGUUAGAAGUUUUUGUUACUUCUUUACAGAAAACUUUGCAGGUUCAUUUAUAACUAUUAGAUGUACGCAGUUAGUAACUUUUUGAAAUAUUUAAGAUAGGUAUUUAAUUGAUAUUGAGACCAACUCCUAAUAUUUUUCUAUCCAAACCUAUAUUAAACUUCAAUCUAGUACAAUCAAACACCACCGGGUCGUUUUACAUAAAUCCAAUUUAGUCCUCCAGACAGGUAUGAAAUUCAUGUUACCGUUAGGUGUGCUCUUUUUAUCUCUUUUCAAAUAUACUGGAUAUGCUAGAUUUUUCUUCAUUUAACCUUAUUUAGCAGUGUAGGUAGGUGCAGACUAUCUAGUUCCUGUCUGCGCAGUUAUCGUUACUAAUGACUGGGUACGUCGGGCGACAUGGUUUGAAACUAGUAGCAACGGUUCAGAUGCUCAUUCCUUUAUUCCUCGUUAAAUAAUGAGUCUUCCUGAAUCAUAUUAUCUACGCCCAAUCUUUACUACUGCUAUUAUUUUUGAAUGACAUUUAAGGAGACAGUAUUCAGCUAUCUAUAUUAAUAGCUAGUAAGAUCAUGUUAGCCUUUCACAUUCAGUUAUCAAUUAUAUGUAUCCUGACUCCGUUUGGACACCCGGGCGGUAUCACAGCCCUCACCCAAAUCCCAUUUGAUUUGUGUGACGCAUAUGUAUCUGGUGCCCCCUUGUACCAGUAUUUAUGUGUUCAAAUAAAUAUAUAUAUAUGUAUGAAUGUUGCGUUUCUGUCAUAGUUGUCCUGUAAAUUUUUAUAUCCUACUGGGGUUUACACUCAUUUUCGCUAAAAUAUUUUAUAAUUCCAUUUCUCCUGUUUAUCUCCCAUUUUCUUAACAAGAAUGAAACUAAUCCGCCCAGUGCUGAAAUGGAGGCAAUCUACAAAGCUUGUACGCAUUAUGAUCCAAAACAACGUCCAUCUACAAAAGAUUUACUAAAUAUGCCAUGGAUACAAAAUGGUUUAAACAUAGUUAUCACAACUAGCGAGUUAGAUUCCUUACGUUGAAAUACUCAACUAAUCAAAACGGUAGUUUGAGCAAGUGACAUUCUCUAUAUUAGAAAACUUCUUUACAGUAAUAUUCUUUAUAUUUUUACAAUAUUUACAAUGAGUUUAUAAAUCGAGUGUACAGAUGUAUGUAUAAAUCAGAAUUAAUACGUGGUAGUCUAGUUUUUA